CCUCCCAUGCCCUUCGUUGUAAGCUACUUCGGCAGCAAGCAUUCAUACAAUUCUGCAAGAAACUUCCUGGAACGCAACGGAUUCUCCUCCUCCUUCGCCUCGCUUUAAGGUCUUAAAAAACGAGAUAAUUUCUGUGAGCGACUGUAGGAAGAGAAGUGGAUGCCACGUUUGGAGACGCAACAUUCUACAAAAUACUAUUGGACAUAUGGGAUUUUGACUAAAUUUUUAAAAACGCGAAGCAUAUUUUAAAUGAUAGUAUCUUUAGCUUUUAAUUUGUUGUUUUAAAAUAUAUUCUGAAAAUGGUUUUGCGCGUACUAUUUCGAGCUAUUAUCAUGGGACCGCCAGGCUCGGGGAAAGGAACUGUGUCUGAUCGUAUAAGAAAAAGUUUUGAACUCAAACACCUUUCAAGUGGGGACGUUCUGAGGGCCAACAUAAAAGCCAAGACGGAGAUUGGGCUCCUGAUGAAGUCUUGUAUAGACCAGGGCCAGUUGGUUCCUGAUGACAUCAUCACUCGGCUCAUCCUGUUGGAGCUACGGAAUAUAGAGCAGAGCCCCUGGCUUUUGGAUGGUUUCCCUCGGACUGUGCGACAGGCAGAGGCCCUGGAUGAAGCCUACAAUAUCGACACUGUCGUCAACCUGAACGUGCCGUUCGAGACCAUCAAAGAGCGCCUGACCUCCCGCUGGAUCCACCUGCCCAGUGGCAGAGUCUAUAACACCAGCUUCAACCCACCCAAAAUCCCUGGUCUUGACGAUGUCACGGGUGAACCUUUGAGCCAGAGGAAUGAUGACACCCCAGAAACUGUUUCCAAGAGACUACACGCAUAUAAGACCCAGACAGAGCCAGUCCUGGAGUACUACAGAAGCAAGGGAGUUCUGGAGACCUUUACAGGAACUGAAACCAACAAGAUCUGGCCUCAUGUCCACGCCUUCCUGUCUGGGAAACUGGGCUCUGGAAACCAUAAAGCUGCCGGGUCGGUGUAGACUGUCAAUCAUUUGACUAUGUAGCAUUAUUAUGGAGCACAAAUGAGGAGAAAAGUGUCUUUGCGCUGCCACAGUUAAGGGAAAAAAAUUAUGGAACGUUGUCAACUGACUGGCAGAGAGGUUUAUAAGAGUCAGCCAUGAACAGGGAAAUGAAGGAGAAAGUGAGUAUGUGAAUGGGCUUAACAAUCAGUGGGAAAUGAAAGGAAGGUGCCUGGGGUCAAGAGGACACUCCAGUGCACUGUUAACUCUCGAUGGCUAUAUACAUUGGGAAAGUGAUCGAAGCAACAUUAAUUGUUAAUCGCUUUGGUCUUAAUCAGAAUAAAGGAAAUAAGCCUAUUUCUAGGCUUUUUAUUUUUGUCAUAAUUUGGGGUGGGGUGGGGUGGUAAAGCCUUAUUUUGCAUAAACUCAAUUUGCCUUGUCCUGCCUUAGUAUCACUUGUUCCUGAGAGGCUUGCACUUGCAUUGUAUUAUGUAUUGCACAGACAAAUCAAGGUCAUUUCAAAGAAAUGUGUGCUGUGUGAAGAUUUUUGCGAGAGAUUUUAUCUAACACUAAUUUGACAGUGAGCACCAGAUUUCCGAGGUAUUUUAAGAUUAAAAAUACAAUAUUUGUGAUUAGAAAUAAUGUAGCUUUUUUCACUUUAUUCUUGAAUAUACAUUUUUGUAAAGAAAAAUGUAAGCUGUGUAAUGCUUUGCUGAUUGCACUUUUAAAAUAGUAACACCAGAACAAUUGUUAUGAUUUCCAUUUUGAACAAUGAUUUCAAUUUGUAUUUAUGACUGAUUGAUUUUUCUUUUUCAUUCGAUGUCAUGCAUCAUAAAAAUUGCCAGCCCACAUGAGCUUUUAAAGACACCAUUAUUUUGAAUAAAAGUAAUUUGAAGGUAUACACAUAUAUGUGAAUUGUGAUAAUUAACAGUGGAAUCUGUGACAAAGCAACUGUAACUGGUUGUUAGUGACCACAUUCAGACAAAUCCCAAGAAAAGUCUUUUCUCGAUGGCAAGUCUCUAUUUUUGUUGAAUGAAGGCAGCUAAGGGUAUUUGAUUACGUCCACUUGAGUGGAGUCACAUUCGGGUUAAAAAUCAUAAAGGUUUUGUAUUGUUCUUAAUAGUGGGAAAAUCUGGUAAUUUUAACAAUAUUCAAAUAAGAUAAUGUAAUUCUUGUGGAACUUAAAUAACCUUCUGUUGAAUGAUGGGCUAAGCAUCAUUUGUGUGGCUACCUGUACUUAACACUUAAAUUUUCAUAAUGCCCCAAAAUGAAUUGCACAUGCACUAAUAUUACAAGGGAUGGGGGAUGUUUAUGAGUCUUAAUUAAAGUGCAUUAUAUUGGUUGUAAGUUGUUAUGCGUAUUAACCUUUGCCAAUAAUUAAAGUGUUCCAAGAGACUGAUGUGUAAUUUUGUCACAAUUUUGCUUUUUUUUUGUCAUUCACCAUGAUGUUUGCCUGUAAGGUUUGUUAUGGUUGUUAAUGCUACCUGUAAUUCAGAUUUCUGAGAUUGUGUUCUUAUUAGACUCUUAGCCUGGCCUUAAAAUACUGAUUCAUAUUUCCUGUAUGUUUAGUAUUACAUAUUAGUAUUUUAUAUUUUUCAUGUGAGUUAGAGGCAUUAUUUUUCAAGUACCUGAAUUGAAAAUAAGAUGGCUUGAUACAAAACAUCUACAUUUCUAGAACAUUAAAAUUUUCAAUCAUGGAAAAAA